AUGGGGUGUCUGGAAUCAAAAAAAAGAAAUAGAAUUGUGGCUAUGUAAACUAUGAACAAAGAUUAAGUAUUCACAUCAACAGCUGAUAUCCAUCAAUUAUAUAACUUUGGGAAAGUCCUUGGGGUUGGCUCAUUUGGGAAAGUAUUAUUAGCAAAAAUGAAACAGAACUCUGAAAAACAAUACGCGAUUAAAGUAAUUGAUAAAAGGAGAGUUAAAGGUAAGGAGGCAUUACUUGCUAAUGAAAUCUUUGUCUUACAAUAGCUUGAUCAUCCAAAUAUUAUCAAAUUUUAUGAAGUUUAUUAGAGUCCUUUAUAUUUCUAUAUUUGUAUGGAUUAUUGUUAAGGGGGUGAACUUGUUGAGAGAAUAGCCAAAUAAUAAUCAACUCUUUCUGAAGGUUAAGUCUAGGCCAUCAUACAAAAGGUAUUGAGUUUUUCAUUUAUAGAUUUGUUCAGCCAUUGUUUACAUUCAUGAUUUAGGUUUGGUACAUCGAGAUAUCAAGCCUGAGAACAUUAUGUUUAGCGAAAAGGAUGUAUAUUCAGAACCAAAGCUGAUUGAUUUUGGCUUGGCAAAUAAGUACGACACUACUCACAUUAAGUAUUUGAAUCAAGAAUAUUCUAAGACGAUUGAAAACAUUUGUUGGAACUCCCUUAUACUUACCUCCUGAAGUAAUUGAUGGUGAAUAUGAUGAAAAAUGUGAUGUAUGGAGUUUAGGGGUUAUGCUAUUUAGUUUGUUAUGUGGUUAUCCACCUUUCUAUGGUAAAAACAGAGCCUAAUUAUAUGAAAACAUCAAAACACAAACUGUAAUUUGAAUAAUUAUUAUUAUAGCUUAUAUUCGAUAGGCGUCAUUGGAGGAAUAUUAGUGAAUAGGUUAAGGAUUUAAUAUAAAAGAUGCUUAUGAAAACUCCUAAAAAGAGAUUGUCUGCCAGAGAAUGUCUCAAACAUCCUUGGUUCGAAAUGCAAUUUUAGAACAUAAAAGUAAAUAGAGAAAAGAGUUAAUAACAAUUAAUAUAGACUCAUGAGGAUAAUAGAACUAUUUAUUAAAUGCUUAAAAUGUUUAGAGGAGGAGCCAAAUUUAAAAAAGAAGUUACCAAAGUUCUCAUUAAUUAAAUGAAUGAGAAAGAAUUACAUCAUCUAAAACAGGUCUUCCAAAAAAUAGAUGUUGACAAUUCCGGUACUAUAACUAUUGAAGAAUUAAGAGAAGCACUUUAGUAAGAAGUAUUUAAAGUUAAUUACAAUAGGGGUCUCCUGCUUCAUUAGAAGAAAUCGAAUAGAUUAUAUAAACUAUAGUCUUGGAAGACGAUGAAGAGAAUAACAACUUAGAAAUGGACAGAGAACCCUCUCCUCUUGUUAUCAAAUAUACAGACUUUUUGGCUGCAUGUAUUGAUGAAAGAAGAGUAUUGACAAGGGAAAAAGUAUUUUUGUCCAUUAAUUUAGUUAUGGUCUCUGUUUAAGUAUUUCGAUACUUUAGACGUCAAUUAUAUAACUAAAGAAGAUAUUAAGGAAGCCUUAGCAAGACAUGGAAGGUAGAUGUCGGAUGAGAAAAUUGAUUAGAUGAUUUAUGAAAUUGAUCCUAAUCAUGAUAAUAAAAUAAGUUUUGAUGAAUUCAUGUAAAUGAUGGGAGUUGCUGGCAUUGAACAAACUAUGAAUAUUAGGGAUGAAGUAAAAGAAGUGGAAAUUUAAAGUUGA